GGCUACACAGCCUAUGCUGUACGCUUGAGGACAUCGAAAGCUCUAUGCUCCUCUUUCCCCACCAUUACAGCCACCGUAGUCUGCGGUCUCCAUUGGAAUUCACAAAAUAAUGGGUCUAAUCCCAUACAAAAAUUUACAGUUCUUCAAGAAUCGACACCGAAAUGUAAUUUCAAGACUCAGAAUCCGCUGUCUCAAAUUCAUCUCGUAUAGUACCAGUAACCAAAACGACAGCACGGUCAAAGAAAUCACUGGAUUAUUGAAGGAAAACAACUGGCAACACCUCAUAGAAUCUUCUACUUUAUCAAGUAGGUUAAACCCAGAUGUAGUUAUUUCGGUUCUCAAACAAAACCUGGUGAAUGAUCCUAAGCGCCUGUUUGGUUUCUUCAACUGGGUCCAUUCGAGAGUUGGUAUACCUCAAAAUCUUUAUUCCUUUUCAAUUACUGCAGUAAUUCUAUGCAAUUCACAGCAGUUUGUUCCUGCAAAUAUCGUUUUGGAACGAAUAAUUGAGGCCCGAAUGCCGCAUUUGAAGAUUUUGGAUUCAAUUAUUACGUGCUUUAGAGAGUUUAAUUGGAAUAAUUCAGUGGUUUUCGAAAUAUUGAUUAAUGCUUACAAAAAGAAGGGGUUUUUGAAUGAGGCUGCUGGUGUGUUUUUAGGAGCUAAAAACCAUGGCUUUGUGGUUGGUUUGGUUUGUUGUAAUUCUUUGUUGAAGGAUUUGUUGAAGGGGAAUAGAUUGGAGUUGUUUUGGGAUGUGUAUAAUGGGAUGUUAGAGGCUAAGGUGGUUCCUGAUGUAUACACUUAUACAAAUUUAAUUAAUGCAUAUUGCAGAGCAGGAAAUGUUAAGGCGGGUAAAAGCAUACUUUUUGAUAUGGAAGAGAAGGGUUGUAAUCCUAGUUUGGUUACUUACAAUGUGUUGCUUGGAGGGUUCUGCAGAGCUGGAGAUGUUGAUGAAGCUUUUAAGCUAAAGAGGACUAUGGUUGAUAAGGGUUUGUUCCCUGAUAAUUAUACUUAUGGUGCACUUAUUGAUGGAUUUUGUAAACAAAAGAGAUCUAGAGAGGCGAGAUUGAUGUUGAAAGAGAUGUAUAGCGUGGGUUUGAAACCUGAUCCUAUUGCUUAUACUUCUUUGAUUGAUGGGUUUAUGAAACAGGGUGAUAUUAGAGAAGCUUUUCAGGUUAAGGAGGAGAUGCUUGCUCAUGGAAUUAAGCUAAAUCUUUUCACAUAUAAUGCACUUAUUCAUGGGAUGUGUAAGGUUGUUGAGAUGGAGAAAGCGGAAGCACUUUUUAGUGAAAUGAUUGCAAUGGGAAUAAAACCUGAUACCCAGACUUAUAAUUGCUUGAUAGAAGGGUAUUAUAAGGAACAGAAUGAGGCAAAGGCAAAUGAGUUACUGAAUGAGAUGAUGAAAAGUAACUUGGCACCCACUGUAUACACUUGUGGUGUGAUAAUCAAUGCUUUGUGCUGCUCUGGAGAACUUGGAAGGGCAACCAAUGUGUUUCGGUAUAUGAUUUCUAAGGGUUUGAAACCAAAUGUUGUGUUGUACACUACUUUAAUAAAAAAGCUUGUCCAGGAAGGUGCAUUUGAAGGGGCAAUAAAGAUCUUAGAGGUUAUGGAGGAGCAAGGAGUAGUGCCAGAUGUCUUCUGCUAUAAUACUGUUAUAAUUGGCCUCUGCAAGGCUGGGAAGAUGGAAGAUGCAAGGAAGUACCUGGUUGAAAUGGCUAAGAAGGGAUUAAAGCCAAAUGUUUAUACUUAUGGGGCUUUUAUUCAUGGAUAUUGCAAGACUGGAGCAAUGCAAGAAGCUGACAGGUACUUUACAGAGAUGCUAGGUUGUGGUAUAGACCCAAAUCAUGUUGUUUAUUCGGCCUUGAUUGAUGGGCAUUGCAAGGAGGGCAAUACUGCUGCAUCCUUUGCAAAGUUUAGAUGUAUGCUUGAGCAACAAGUGCUUCCUGAUGUGCAGAUAUAUUGUAUUCUCAUCCAUGGCCUCUUAAGGAAUGGGAAACUGCAGGAAGCAACAGGGGUUUUCUCUGAACUCCUUGACAAAGGCCUGGUGCCUGAUGUAUUUACAUACAACGCUCUUAUUUCUGGCUUUUGUAAGCAAGGUGAUUUAAAGAGAGCCUUUGAGCUUUAUGAGGAGAUGUUUCAAAAAGGCAUAAAUCCAAACAUUGUUUCUUACAAUGCCCUGAUCAAUGGGCUUUGCAAGUUUGGUGACAUCGAGAGAGCUCGUGAACUGUUUGAUGGAAUUCCGAGUAAGGGUUUGGUUCGCAAUGGUGUGACUUAUUCUACGAUUAUAGAUGGAUAUUGCAAAUCUGGAAAUUUAAAUGAGGCAUUCCAGUUGUUUGAUGGGAUGGCAAUGGAGGGGGUUCCACCAGAUAGCUUUGUUUACUGCGCCCUAAUUGAUGGAUGUUGCAAAGAAGGAAGUUUGGAGAAGGCUCAGUCCUUAUUCUCACAAAUGGUGGAGAAAGGCUUGGCCUCUAUUUCUGCUUUCAAUGCCUUGAUCGAUGGCUUUUGCAGGUCAGGAAAACUGAUUGAGGCUUAUCAGCUAUUUGAAGACCAGUUUGAUAAGCAUAUCACUCCAAAUCAUGUGACCUACACAAUUUUGAUUGAAUAUCAUUGCCGGGUAGGAAGAAUGAAGGAAGCGAAGAAGCUCUUCCUGGAAAUGCAAAAGAGGAAUUUGAUGCCAAAUAUUUUAACUUACACAACACUGUUACAAGGCUACAACCGUAUAGGGAGCAGAUCUGAGAUGCAUACCCUAUUUGAUGAGAUGAUUGCAAGGGAUAUUGAGCCUGAUGAUAUGCUUUGGAGUGUGAUGAUUGAUGCUUACCUGCAAGAAGGUAACUGGAUUAAAGCUUUAAAGCUGGUGGAUGACAUAUUGUUGAAGGAUGUGAAUGUGGGCAAAAACGUGUAUAAUGUACUAACUGAUAUCCUAUGCACGUAUAAUAAUGUUCCCAAACUCUUGAAAUUACUUAAUGAAAUUGAAGAGCAAGGAUAUAAUCUCAAUCUUGCUACUUGUAGAGUUCUAGUUUGUUGUUUUCACAGAGCAGGAAGGACAGACGAAGCAGUGAAGGUUCUAGAUAGAAUGGUCAGGUUUGGAUGGGUCCCAGCCUCCACUGAUAUAUGUGAUUUUAUCAAUGAAGACAGUAAAAAGUCUGACAAUAUUGAUGAUUUCUCAAAGCAAACAGUACCUGGAAUUGCUUGUCAGGCGCAAGCCUGAUUGUUGCAGAAGAGAGUUUGAAUUGUGUCUGGACAAGGUGUUACCGGAGUCAAGAUUAAACUGAUAAUCAUAUGCCUUCAGAAAAUUGUGGUAGCCCUUUGGUUUAGACAAUGUGCAGCUUCCUUCUUGUGAAACAAAUCAAGGUGGAGAUUUGUCGAAUGAAAGUCACUGGGUACUCAAAAAGGUAUUUCUUCUAACUGAUGUUUCACUAGGAAGAGAUUAAGUGGGGAAGGAGUAAGAAGAUAAGAGAGCAGGUGAACAGGAGGUCAAGAGACAGUGAAGUCGAUUUGGUUAUGUUGUCAAAUGCCUCAGAUGAAGAUGGUGAUAGUGUUGCCGGUGGCAUAGGGCAGCAAACAUGAAUUUUGCAGAUGGGGCUGCUCAAGCAGUAACCGAGAAUGUCACCACCCAGAACAUGUUCUUGAUCUUAGUUUUCACUUUAUGUAGCAUCUUCUAUCUAUGGCUUUUACCAAGUUGUUUAUUCUCUUGCAUUUAAGAGAGUGCCGUUAUUCAUUUUUCAUUUGUAACGUCUGGGUUUCCUGCAAUAUUUAAUCUGAUAGUGUAAGCAUGGAAGUAAUGCAAUAAUAGCACAAUGCAUUUACCUCUUCUCAGCA